UGCUGUAAAGUAAAUUUACGUGCAGAUAAAAAUCUCUUUGAGCGUUUCUGUAAUAGGCACAGGAGGUUUGGGGAGUAUGCAACGCUGUGCUCAUCAUUGAUAACGUCUUAAGCUAACGAAAUAAUGAUGGCUCUGCAGAUGAGGGUUUUAUUGUUUCUGGUUCUGCUGGGCCUGGGCUCAGCCCUGGUCUGUCCUGAUGGAGGCCUGUGUGGAGACGAGGACACCUGCUGCAAGAACAUGGAGGAGGGAUACGCCUGCUGCCCACUGCCACAUGCAGAGUGCUGUUCGGACCACCUCCACUGCUGCUAUGAGGGGACGGUGUGUGAUCUAGUUCAUCAGAAAUGUGUGAAUAAAACCGUUUCUCUGCCCUGGAGGAAGCGACUCGCAGCCCGCCCCGCCCCUCUCCUUUCUCAGGUCCAGCUGGGUGUUCGGGCCGUGAUGUGUCCGGAUCAGCAGUCUGAAUGUCCUGACGACACCACCUGCUGCCAGCUUCCUGACAGCUCCUGGGGCUGCUGCCCGUUAGCGAAGGCGGUUUGUUGUGAGGACAAACGUCACUGCUGCCCUGAGGGAACUAAAUGUGAUCUGGUCCACUCAAAGUGCAUUUCKCCAUCGCUCGAGUCGUUUCCUCUCCUGGAAAAACUUCCUGCCAGAAGAACUGAGAGUAAACCAGGUGAAGAGACGUCUUCGGAGACAGCUGUUUCCGUGAUGUGUCCCGGUGGUAAAAGCAGCUGUGCUGAUGAUUCCACGUGCUGCCUGCUGAGCAGAGGAGACUAUGGCUGCUGCCCAUACCCAGAGGCCACAUGCUGCAGCGACCAUCUCCACUGUUGCCCGAGCAACACGGUUUGUGACCUGGACCAAGGAAUCUGCAGGUCUGCUGAGAAUCAGGCUCCUCUGAUGAAGAAGAUCCCUGCUGUUUCCAACGACAUUGUGUGUCCGGACCAGAAGUCAGCCUGUCCCGAUCAGACCACCUGCUGCCAGAUGUCCAACGGGACGUACGGCUGCUGUCCUCUGCCAAAUGCCGUCUGUUGUUUGGAUCACAUUCACUGCUGCCCUGUAAACACCAGGUGUGACCUGAAACAGGACGUCUGUGUGCCAGAACAGGGACAYGCCCCCUCGCUUGUUAAGGUGCUCUCCUCUGUGACUGCACACAGUACAGUUGGUGCUGUUCCCUGCAACGAUUCUGUGGUCUGCGCUGACGGAAACACCUGCUGUAAAUCUACACGAGGAGAGUGGGCCUGUUGUCCUCUACCAGAGGCUGWAUGCUGCGAGGACCACCUGCACUGUUGUCCUCAUGGUACGGUCUGUAACCUGGCAGCCUCCACGUGUGACCAUUCCUCAGGCAGUGCCCUGACACACCUGCUUCCCAACACACCUGUCUAUCCUAUGCUGCCUGACAACACAAAGUGUGAUGAGACCACUUUCUGUCCCAAAAACUCCACCUGCUGCAAGGGGGUGACUGAACGCUGGGGCUGCUGUCCCCUCCCUCAGGCUGUUUGUUGUGAUGAUCACCUCCACUGCUGCCCCCACGGCUCCACCUGCAACCUGGAGGCUCAGACCUGCGAUGACCGGUCYGGUCUCUCACUCCCCUGGUUCUUCAAGGUCCCGCCUCAGACUUCAGGGGGACCCAAACCCAUAGUCCCAAGUGACUUUUUGGUCCAGAGAACUGAGCCGGUCCUGAUGGUCUCCGGUCGGGUUCAGUGCGACUCUCAGACCAGCUGCCCCAAACACACGACCUGCUGCUUCAUGGAGAGGAGCCAGAGGUGGGGCUGCUGCCCCAUUCCAGAUGCGGUUUGCUGUAAAGAUGGAAACCACUGCUGCCCCCGAGGACACACCUGUGACCCCCGCCGGUCCUCCUGCUCCAGGGCUCCCCACKCCAUCCCCUGGUUCUCCAAACUGAGCGCUCGGACCGAGCCGAGCCACGUGGCGGACGUUAAAUGCGACGACACAAGCAGCUGYGCUUCGGGGAUGACCUGCUGCAGGCUGCAGAGCGGAGGGUGGGGCUGCUGCCCUCUGGUGAAGGCGGUCUGCUGCGCGGACCACGAGCACUGCUGCCCUCAGGGGUACACCUGCAACACGAAGACCGGGACGUGUGAGAAGAAAGGCGCCGACGCCCUCGCUCUGAGUCGGGUCCGGUCCGAGGACGAUCAGCGGCAGAACCAGCUGACCCAGCUGACCUGGGAGUCUUUGUGGAGGGACAGGAAACCAGGACUUUAACCCUCCUCCUCCUCCUCAGAGACGAAGCUCUGCUCCUCUUUGCUCUGGGAGUUUCACAUCUUUGUUUUUGUUUUGUUUUUUAAGUCAACGGCAGGAAAAAGGUACGUUUUUCAGUUUCACAGCUUCCUGUUUCCUGAAAUUUCACUUUAUUUUGAAAGUCUCACUUUUCAAAACGCCUGAAAACGUAAAAGUUUGUGCUGAGAAACGUCCUGUUUGAUCUGUUUCGUUAAAAAGUUAUUUUGCAACUUGAACUAAAUCUUCUAUAAGAUAAAGAUUCUUCAGUGUUUUUGUUUGAACUGAAGAAGAAAACUUUAUUCACAGCUGGUGAAGAAGAUAAUUAACAAAAAGAUUCUAUUUAUUUCCUGCUCCGUUAGUGUUUUUACUUUAUUUUUAUUUUGUUUUGAAAGAGACAAAUCUGAAUGUGGUUUCUCUUCUGUUCCAACUAUUUUAAGCAAAGGUUUGGCUUCUGUUUCUACAAAAAAAAGGUGAAAAACAUUGAAUUUU